AUGGACAAUCCAAUUGAGUACAAAAUACCAACAGUUACAACAACGACAGUGGACGAAGAAGACACCAAGUAUUCCUAUUACGGAUGGAAAUCGUUAAGACUACAUUCACCACGAUUUUUAUCGAACCAUUUGUUUGCCUAUAUUAUGUUAUGUCUGUGUACAUUUGUACAAAAUUUUUCUGUUAACGGUGCUAAUAAUGCUGUGAUAUCAACGAUUGAAAAUGUUUUCUAUUUGGAUUCAGUACAAAGUGGAUUAUUCUUAGCGUUGUAUGAUGUGGCAACAGUUUUCUCAGCUCCAAUCGUUGGUUAUUUGGGUGGUCGUUAUUCAUCAACAGUCUUUUUCUCACUCAACAUGCUCAUUGUGGGCUGUGGGAAUUGGCUAAUAGCCAUUUCAAAUUUUGUUGGUACAAAUAUCAAUCUGAAUAAACUUAUUGAGCAAGGCUCAGAUGAUUCGGCACUUGGCAAUGUUCUUUUCACAUGUCAGAAUAAUCUAUUUAAUAACACAUGUACACAAAAUCUUCUUGCACAGCAGCAGCAUUCAUCGAAUGCUAAAGCUUUACUUUAUCUAGGAAAUUUUGUUAAUGGAAUCGGCAGUGUAGCAUUAUUUAGUAUUGGUAUUGCGUACAUUGAACGAAUAUUUUCAAAAGAUAAAGCUGCUUACUGUCAAGGCAUCUACUUUGCCGUGGGAACAGUUGGAGGGGCGCUUGGCAUCGUUGUCACCGGUCGUUUUUUACAGCUAUACACGAAAUUAACACCUCGGUCCAAAUUACCGCCUUGGUUAACACCUAGUCAUCCUUUAUGGAUUGGAUGUUGGUGGUUACCGUAUAUUAUUUAUGGAACACUAUGUAUUAUUAUUGGAUUAUUCGUCUCAGGACUGCCCAAUUAUGAAAAACCAGGAAGAAAAGAGAAGGUGCAUAACAUACCAACAUUAUCAGAAAAGCAACAUAUACAAGAUUCUAUUCUUCCACCGUCCAACCAUCAAACUGUUUCAUUCCCUUCUGCUGCUGGUGUUGAUCCAUUUUCUGUUCAUAAUUCCCAUUCAUAUCACAACCAUGACAAUAUCUUACGGGAUGAUGCUAUGCUACCAACAUUAGAAACAAUUGUUGCUGAAUAUCGAUUGCAAAAUCCAUCUUUAAGAAAAAGACAAUCACAAGUGAAAUCAUCGGAUGAAUUAUCAUCUAUCAAUAAGCCGACUAUAACUGAUCCCGAUUUUAUUAAUGGAACAACAGUAAUGGAAAACAGUAAUGGUUUUGUUAAUCAUGCCUAUUCAUCAGAUAAUCUUUACAAUGAACUACCAAAAGUUCAGCCGCUUGCCACAUCAACUCCAUCGCCAUCUGCUCGCCAUUUAAAUUAUUCAAUUGAAUCUGAUCUAUCAACAACAGUGACAUUAUUAGCACCAUCGAUUAGUACAGACGUCGUUUCAACUGCUGAUGAUUUAAUACAGACAUCACGAAAAAAUCAAGUAGCACCAUCGCCCAAAUUUGAGCAAAAAAAUACAAAUUCUAUACCAGAACCCAAAUCAUCUGUAUUACUGUCAAACAUGAACAGCAAGAAAAAAAAGCCUAUUGGGAAUCGUUUCAGAUUAAAAAUGAUACGAUUAAAUGAAAAUCUAGUAGCAUUAUGCAUAGUAUUUCGAGAAUUAAUGAGAAACGUUCGAUUUUUAUUUAUUAUUAUUGCCAAUCUAUUCGAAGGAAUGUUGCUUAAAGGUUUUGUUCCAUUCAUAACAAAAUACUUUGAAUAUCAGCAUCAAUUGGAUACAUCGACAGCUACCUUGAUAACAGGUGCUAUCGCUCUUUUGUCUGUGAUUAUUGGAUGCCCAAUUGGUGCUUAUUUUAUAAAUCGUUUCAAAUGGACGCCUAUGCGUUGUGCACGAACUUGUGCAGUUAUUCUCACGAUGACUUCACUCUUAUUUCUCUUUCUUACUCUUUCUUGUCCUGAACUUAACUUUCAACGCCAAUCGCCAUGUCUUAAACAUAAUCAACAAUGUUGUGAACAAUUGUAUCAUCCUGUGUGUCAAAUAUCCGAUCCAAAACUAAUGUAUCUUUCACCAUGUCAUUUUGGAUGUAUAAGUCAAAAUCAAAGUUCAAUAUUAGAAAAUCAAACUACUUAUUACUGGCAAUGUAAUUGUGCUGAUUCAACAGUAAUAGUUAGUGAAUCAGCGUGUAAAUUUAGAAAAAUACCAUGUAAAGUUGUAUUUGUGUUAACAUUGUUUGGGGCAGCCGUUGUCGUCUUUUUUACUGCUUUAGUUCAAGUACCAAUGUUACGUGUUUUGCUCUAUUCCGUUCCACUUGUUCAACAAACAGUUGCUCUUGGCCUUCGUCAAGCCAUUGUUCGUGUUUUGGGACAAACAUCAGGUCCUCUACUGUUUGGUUUUGUAUUUGAUGAAUCUUGUUUAGUUUGGCAAAAAGAUUGUUAUAAUAGACGAGUAUGUAAAGUAUAUGAUAAUCGACGAAUGGGAUUAUCAAUGGCACUAUCGGGUUUUUUGGCGCGUUUCAUAUCAGGUAUGGCAUGUAUUGUUGUGUUUAUCAAUUGGAAAUGGAAACAUCCACAUGACGGUGAAGAGAAUGAAAAAGAUGGCGAAAAUGUAGCGGAAACCAUUAAAACAGAACAAGAUGGAGAAAAUACAAGAUUAUAG